AAACUCGCUCAUGCGAGUCAAGUUGUCGGUCGUAUAUAUAGUUUUAUCAAAUUCUUUCGGUUACAAAAGGUUAUUGUCGUUUUAUCUAUCGGUUUGUUUAUAAAAGUGUCGUUUUAAACGCUGUAUUGAUAAACAAAAAUCAACAUACGCCGUCUCUAUGGUCAUUGAAAAAAUAUUUUAUUAUUGCCUCUGAUGCCGCAUUGUUUUUAAUUUUGUUUGAAUGGUGAAAGAUGGACGUAAAUCGCUAUCGGUGUCUAUUUAACGUGUCUUUAUAACGGACAUGAAAGAAAAGUGUACUUGUUCCGUGGAAAUAAACUUUUUAUCUCGUGUAUGACCAUCAUACGCAGUCAUGGCAAAUGAUGAAUCCAGUGUUCGGGUUGCAGUCAGAAUCAGACCACAGACGCCAGCCGAGAUACUCGAAGGAUGUGGUAUUUGCGCCAGGGCCGGUGGGCCAGCGGGCGAAGGUGGGAUCGCACUAGGCUCGGAGCGCGCGUUCACUUUCAACUAUGCCUUCGAACCCUCGGUCUCGCAACAGGAGGUGUACGACACCUGCGUCAGGAAACUUGUGGAGGCAGCCCUCGAUGGAUACAACGCUACCGUGCUUGCUUAUGGACAGGUCAGUCCAUAUUCCUAAAAAAAGUAUUAUUUACUACCUAUAAUAUCAGG